GCUAUGGCAACGAUUGUACACGAAGCAAAUUCUGAAUCUAUAAUUUACUAAUUAUAUAUUUUCUUUUCCUGUCCUUGCACAGCAAGAAUAGUUAAAAACUAACUCUUGAUAAUUUGUUUUCUAAUUUGCAAAGAUACGUUUUGAAACUCGGUGUUCGACAAAGGUUGUAAGAUAUUGCUAAGCCUAUUGUACUUAAUUUGGAUUUAAUAUGUUUAAAUCAUUUUUUUAUUGAAUGUGAUUUAUGGCUGAUCAAGUGAAUAGUACGGAGUUGUCCAUAAUAAAAAUAGAGAAAGUUGAAUCUUUGUCUGAAAAUGAAAAUCCGGAAAUUGAAAUCUUACCUUCCACUAGCAACUGCGUUGAAAAUAAAUAUCUAUGUGAUGUUUGUCAACAAUCCUUUUCGUCAAAAAUAUUUUUAAAUCUUCAUAGUGCAUCGCACUCUGAAGGAAAUGCGUUAACAUGUGAAACGUGUGGUGAAACUUUUUCUCAGUCCGAAGAUUUCGCUGAUCACUGCGCAGAGCAUACUACAGAAGAGUAUUUGUGUUUUGCUUGCGAUGAAGUGUUUGAUAAUAAGAAUGAUUUUGAAGCUCAUCAGUUGAGCCAUAAGUUAUGUUGUGAUUCAUGCGAGAUGACGUUUGAAACGGAAGAAGAAAGCUUCUUACACUCACAAAGUCAUGACCCUGAAUUUUACAAAUGCAAAGUUUGUUACCGAUAUUUUUUAUCUAGAGCAAAAUUAGAUGGUCAUCUUGCAACUCAUAAGGAAAAGCCCAAACGUUUUGUCUGUGACAUUUGCAACAGGGAAUUUUCUAGACUCUCAAACUUCAAUAAACAUCAACUUACUCAUCAAAAUGUUAGACCUUUUACUUGUACAAUAUGUAACAAGUCAUUUACAGCUAAAGCCACAUUAGAUAUCCAUUAUGUCAUCCACAGUGGAACAAAGCCAUUUAAAUGUCUUAUUUGCAGCUGUGCGUUUACAAAUAAACGAGCUUUAAAAUACCACAGCUUAGUUCAUAUGCCUGAUCAACGCAGUACUUGUGAUAUUUGUGGGAAAGUAUUCACUACCAAAAAGAGACUUGAUAUGCAUUUCAAAAUUCAUACCAAUGAAAGACCUUACAAAUGUGACAUCUGUUCUCGAGGUUUUACCUAUAGUAGCCACUUGAAGAGACAUAUUCUAUGGCACAAUAACGAGCGUCCUUACGUUUGCCAAGUAUGCAAUUUUAGCUUUAUCCAAAAAUACCAAAGAACUUUGCAUAUGAGAGCUCGACAUGGAAUCUAUUAGUUGUUUAUUUUUAAAGCUUUGAUAUUUAAAUGCAAGAACACUAAAAAUGUAAUCUUGUAGCCAGUCGUUUUUAAGAUAGUCAUGUUUUAUCUGCAUGGAUUUCAUAUUCAUAAUCAAUAUUGUUGGAUUUAUUGUGUUUACAAUACUGUUUAAUAAUAGUUGGAACUUUUAAAAUGAAAAAUCCUUUAAUCAAAUGCAUUCAUUUGGUUUGUAGAUACCAUGGUUGUUGUUAUUUUAUUCAUAUUAUAUUUUGAAUAUAUUUAUUUUUCUUUGGUAUUCUAAAUCUUGAAUAUAGAAUAAAUGUAUGCUGAAAAGUUUCCAAUGAAAUUUUAUUUUGAACAAUUUUUUCUUCCUUUGGUUAAAUUAUAAAAUUUCAAAUAUCUUACACCGAUAAAAUGCAAAAAUUAUUUCUGUACUUCAUAGCCAGAGAAAUGUUAGUCACAUUAUUGCUACUUUGCAGGAGAACAAAAAAACUUUUCAUCAUGCUGUUUAAAUAGUUGUUGUAAAGUAAUUUUUUUUUCUAGAAACAUUAUGAUGACUUGAUGCAGAAAAGAAUUCUACAUAUAAAGAAGUAAAAAUCCUGAAAAUUGCCAUUUUUUGACUUACGUUC